GCUUGGAGGCGUGGCUUGCUAAGCUAGCAGAUUACAGAGAGGCAGCAAUCGAAGCACAGCAGCUGUAAACAGUUAAGGUGAACUGGUAUCAUGACUACUCUGGAUGACAAGCUACUGGGCGAGAAGCUGCAGUACUUCUACAGCAGCAGUGAGGAUGAGGGCAGUGAUGAUGAAGAUGGGGAGAAGAAGACCGUCCGUGAUGCUGGUGUCAGUGAGGCUGAGAUAGACUACAGCGCAGAUGGAAGUUCUGUCAACACAGGACCAAAGGGUGUGAUCAAUGACUGGAGGAAGUACAAGCAGCUGGAGGUGGAACAGAGACAAGAGCAGAAAAAUGAGAUGGAAAGACUGAUAAAGAAGCUGUCGAUGACCUGCCGCUCCGAUCUUGAUCUGCAAAAGGACAAAGAGAAACAGAAAGAGCUGCAGGACAAGCUUAAAGGCAAAAUGACCAUGCAGGAGUACAACAUGCUCCAGGAAGAAAAGGAUGACGAAGACUUCCUGCAGCAUUACCGGAUGCAGCGCAUUGAGGAGAUGCGACGCCAGCUCUGCAGCGGGAAGCGCUUCAAGCAGGUGUACGAGCUUAACAGCGGCGAGGAGUUCCUGGAGGCUCUAGACAAAGAGGACAAAAGCACGCUGAUCGUGAUCCACAUCUAUGAGCCGGACGUCCCCGGCUGCGAGGCCAUGAGCGGCAGCCUGAUGUGUCUGGCGCAGGAGUACCCUCUGGUUAAAUUCUGUAGCGUGCGCAGCUCGGCCAUCAGCACCAGCGAGCUGUUCAGAGAAAGCGCUCUGCCCGCUUUGCUCGUCUACAAAGGAGGGGACCUGAUCGGCAACUUCGUGCGGCUCACGGACCAGCUCGGGGAAGACUUCUUCGCUGUAGACGUGGAGGCGCUGCUGCAGGAGUGCGGCCUGCUGCCUGAGAAGCCCCCCAUCGUCCCAAAGACUGUUCGCAAUGGAGCCAUCAUUCAGAGCACUGUGAGUGAUGAGGACUCUGACCUUGAUAUAGACUAGAGCUAUAUCUGACAUGCAAUAUUUGUUUGGACUAUACGUUGUAUUUAUUUACAUGCCCCCACCACCACCCUGUAGUGAUGACAGAGAUAAGAUGCUAGCUAGGAGCUACCAUGUUACCACUCAAACAUAAACACCCGAAUAUUAAUAAAGCAAAACCAGAAGUAAAUGCUCAAAUAACACAAACAGCAGUGAGUUAUUUCACGUCAUUCUACUGUAAACAUCUAAAAAGAGCAAAUAUGACUCGUUAAGAUCAUGUGAUACAUGACAAGGAUGCGCUAGGUGCUUUUUGUUUCACUCAUGACUUUCUGCUGUUCAUUUGUUAAAACACAUUCCUGUAUUAUUUAUUUUUUUUAUCUCUC